CUAAAAUGCUGCAUUACAAAAUGAGAAGGAAGAAUAACAAGCGAGAGGAUUGGUGGAAAGUUUGGCGGACUUUAUCCUCGUAGAGGAGCAUUUCUUUUUGUUGUUGAGUGCUCUGAUAUCCGACCACUCGUACAAGUGACAGCCGCGGGACUGUGCAGCUGAUUUCCACUUUGUGUGACCACACAAGCAGCGACCAUGUCUUUAAUGAACGGCCACACUGUGAGCAAAGAAACAUGGGAUUCGCACAACAAGAUGAUGCUGGACCCUCUGUCCGUCAGUGACUCUGAGGUCUUUACCAUCAUAAAAAAAGAGAAGCACAGGCAGACAUACGGUCUGGAGCUCAUAGCGUCUGAGAACUUUGCCAGCCGAGCUGUUCUGGAGGCUCUGGGAUCCUGUAUGAACAACAAAUACUCUGAGGGAUAUCCCGGUCAGAGGUACUACGGUGGUACGGAGCAUGUUGAUGAGCUUGAGAGACUCUGUCAGAAGAGGGCGCUGGAAGCCUACGGUCUGGACUCAGACAAAUGGGGUGUCAAUGUGCAGCCAUACUCAGGUUCCCCUGCUAACUUUGCUGUCUACACGGCCAUCGUUGAGCCUCACGGUAGGAUCAUGGGGCUGGACCUUCCCGACGGAGGUCACCUGACACACGGCUUCAUGACUGAGAAGAAGAAAAUCUCUGCAACAUCCAUCUUCUUUGAGUCCAUGCCGUAUAAGGUGAAUCCAGAAACUGGCUACAUUGACUAUGACAGACUGCAAGAAAACGCUAAGCUGUUCCACCCAAAACUCAUCAUUGCAGGAACAAGCUGCUAUUCCCGCAACAUUGACUAUGCCCGCAUGAAGCAGAUUGCUAAUGAGAAUGGUGCGUAUCUGAUGGGAGACAUGGCUCACAUCAGUGGAUUGGUGGCUGCCGGAGUCGUGCCCUCACCCUUUGAGUACUGUGACAUUGUUUCCACGACAACUCACAAGACGCUGCGUGGCUGCCGCGCUGGACUCAUCUUCUACAGGAAAGGUGUGCGGAGUGUGGAUGCCAAGGGGAAGGAGACGCUGUACAACUUGGAGUCUUUGAUCAAUCAGGCUGUGUUUCCUGGACUGCAGGGGGGACCACACAACCACGCGAUUGCAGGUGUUGCUGUAGCUCUCAAACAAGCCAUGACACCAGAGUUUAAGGCUUACCAGACGCAGGUUUUGGCUAAUUGCAAAUCUCUGUCCAGUGCCCUUAUUGACCACGACUACAAGAUUGUCACUGGCGGCUCUGACAACCAUCUGAUCCUGCUGGACCUGCGCAAUAAAGGAACUGAUGGAGGACGAGCUGAGAAGGUCCUGGAAGCCUGUGCCAUUGCUUGUAAUAAGAACACCUGUCCAGGGGAUAAGAGUGCUUUGCGUCCUAGCGGUCUGAGGUUUGGCUCUCCAGCUCUCACCUCCAGAGGCUUGGUGGAGGCUGACUUCAAGAAGGUGGCUGACUUCAUUCACAGAGGUAUUGUGCUGACCUUGGAGGUGCAGAGAAGCCUGGAUCCCAAGGCCACUCUGAAGGAGUUCAUUCAGGCACUGGCUCAGGGAGAGAAGUUCCAGCAGCGAGUAGCAGAAAUCAAGGCAGAGGUUGAGGCUUUUGCUGGUCAAUUUCCCAUGCCUGGGCUACCUGAACUGUAGAGGGCGCCACUGAGACACUGAUGGCUUCUGGCUUCAUUAUUAUGCCAAUUUUGGUGAUGUUUCGUGUGUAUAUUUGUUUUGAGUGUACACAUCUCUCACUGCUCAAAUUGAGAUACGUCCUCAUGAUUUCACAAAAGUUUUAAAUUGGAAAAGAUUUGCCUUAAUGGAAAGAUAGAUCUGCUCCAGUGCCUUUGCUGUUUUUGAAUGUGGUUUGGUCAUCGAAUGUUACGAUCACAUCUAAGCUUUAAUAUUGUCAGAAAUUGUCAUUUCUUUUGUAUCAAAUUUAGAAUCCAAAGUUACUGUACUGCAGAUUAAAACACAAACCAUGACUGUUUCAUAUGUGAGAACACUGGAUAAUAAAACAUGAUGAAUGAAA